AUGCAGCUAUCAGGACCUGUUGCAGACCGUAUUGGUCGAAGAAACUAUUUCUUUGUUGCCACCAUCGUGAAAAUCAUAGGCUCGAUGAUCGAGAUCACCGCAUCAAACUUUGCAACCUUGCUGUUGGGCCGUAUCUUGGCUGGUGCAGCUAUUGGUGUGUUUAGCAUGUUGACUCCUUUGUAUCAAAGUGAGAUAUCACGGCCCGAGCACCGUGGACGACUAAUUACCUUUUACCAACUUGGCGUCACUAUUGGAUUUUGCAUGGCUUUUUGGAUCGUAUAUGGGACAAGUAGAUUGCCUAACAAUUUAUCCUGGAGAAUCCCGAUGUGCCUUCAGAUCUUACCACCGCUGAUUUUAUUCGUUGGUCUCUUCGCAUUACCCGAAAGUCCGCGAUGGCUGAUUUACAAAACGAAACGUCGGGAUGAAGCAUUGGCCAUCCUUACGCGCUUACGCAGUGGGCAGGACAUCAGCAUCAUCCAAAUGGAAUGUACCAGUAUUGAACAAGAUGUCGCAUUUGAUGCAAAGUAUGCAUCUAAAGGUUAUUGGACGCUGCUGGAGAAAGGCAUUGAAAACAAUCGACGUCGUACAUUACUUGGCAUUGGUAUCCAUGCACUUACACAGCUCACCGGUAUCAAUGUCUUGUUAUUUUAUCUUCCACACAUCUUGCAAUCCACCGGUAUUACAGAGGUCAACUCCGAGUUGUUAGGUAACGGCGUAAGCGGAAUGGUGAACAUGCUUGCUACCAUCCCCGUUUUCUCAUUCAUUGACAAGUGUGAUCGACGACGUAUUUUAAUACGAGGAUCAUUGGUGAUGGGUGUAUGCAUGAUGACUAUUGCUGUCAUGUUGGGCGUAUUCCAUGAUAGCGAUCAUAAUGCACUUGGCAUGGAUGAUGAUACUCCAAACAAAUUGUCACCAAGGAUGAUGGAUUUCCUAGGCGAUGAUGGGCCAACAUUUGCCGUGUUGGCAUUACUAUGCCUCUUUAUUACAUGCUUUGCCCUUAGUUGGGGUCCUCUUGGUUGGAUCUAUCCUGCAGAAAUAUACCCACAAUUGAUUCGUGCAAAGGCUAUGGGGCUUACCACUGCCGCCAGCUAUUGUUUCAAUGUCACUAUAUCACAGAUCGCUCCCGUUCUUUUUCGUACCAUUAGCUGGGGCACCUAUGUCGUCUUUGGGUGCUUUUGUCUUUUGAUUGCGUGGAUUGUCCACAGCUUCUAUCCCGAGACAAGGGGAAGGUCGCUAGAAGAAAUACACUUGAUAUUCAGCAAUGCCAUUCUUAUGAAUGAGCGAGCUGAUGCACAUCAUCCAUCAACAGCAGCUGAAGCAUUGGAACAUCUUGAGAUAAUUGAUGGCAAACAUCACAAGCAGCGGCAACAUCGACACCACCCCAAUAACAACAACAGCAAACUCGACGACGCGUCUUCUUGA